AGGCGGGGGAACGUAGGAAUAUAAGGUUUGGAGGCCGGCUCAGUGUUCCUGCCAGUUAGAAAGGUUCUUGAGGGGGCCUUGAUUGGUCGCCGUGACGCCACCGGCGGCGCCGGCGCUCCACCCGCGAGAGCUUUCGGUGUCUGUCCAGGUGCCAUCUGCUGUUUAGCACCCGCAGACUGGUCGUCUUCCUCUGCGCUGUGGAAUCUGCGCCCCGGCACGGACUAUAGUGAGGGCCUCCGCGGCUCCACAAGUUACUAGGAGUCCUGUUGGCGUUUUUUCUCAGGCUCCGCCAUGCCGACGGUGCUGGGUUUUGAAGGCAGCGCCAACAAGAUUGGUGUGGGAGUGGUGCGGGAUGGCAGGGUGCUGGCGAAUCCGAGGCGGACUUAUGUCACUCCUCCUGGCACAGGAUUCCUUCCAGGUGAUACUGCCAGGCACCACCGAGCUGUUAUCCUAGACCUGCUGCAGGAGGCACUAACAGAGGCUGGAUUAACCUCCCAGGAUAUUGAUUGCAUUGCCUACACCAAAGGCCCAGGUAUGGGUGCCCCACUGGUUUCUGUGGCUGUUGUGGCCCGUACUGUGGCUCAGCUGUGGAAUAAGCCAUUGCUAGGUGUGAACCACUGUGUAGGCCACAUUGAGAUGGGCCGUCUCAUCACUGGAGCCACCAGCCCAACUGUGUUGUAUGUCAGCGGAGGAAAUACACAGGUGAUUGCAUACUCAGAACAUCGUUACCGCAUCUUUGGGGAAACCAUUGAUAUUGCUGUGGGUAAUUGUCUGGAUCGUUUUGCCCGAGUGCUGAAGAUUUCCAAUGACCCAAGCCCAGGCUACAACAUUGAACAGAUGGCAAAGCGAGGCAAGAAGCUAGUUGAGCUGCCAUACACUGUAAAGGGGAUGGAUGUCUCAUUCUCAGGGAUCCUGUCUUUUAUUGAGGAUGUAGCCCAGCGGAUGCUGGCCACAGGGGAGUGUACUCCUGAGGAUCUGUGUUUCUCCCUGCAGGAAACUGUGUUUGCAAUGCUGGUAGAGAUCACAGAGCGAGCCAUGGCACAUUGUGGCUCCCAGGAGGCCCUCAUUGUGGGGGGUGUGGGGUGUAACAUGAGGCUCCAGGAGAUGAUGGAGACAAUGUGCCAGGAACGCGGAGCCCAGCUUUUUGCCACAGAUGAGAGAUUCUGUAUUGACAAUGGAGCCAUGAUAGCACAGGCUGGCUGGGAGAUGUUUCAGGCUGGGCACAGGACCCCCCUCAGUGAUUCUGGGGUGACACAGAGAUAUCGGACAGAUGAAGUAGAAGUGACCUGGAGGGACUAACAAGGUUAACAGCACCAAAGUAGAUAGUUCCCUAAGUGGAGCCCAAAGGACUGUGGGCCUUAAUCUCUUUCCUGAUUGUGGGAGUGCUAGAAAGGCUAUGGACUUCAAGCAAGGCUUAGGGUUCCCUGUGGGACUCCAAGAUGACUCAGUAAUAAAAUAUUUUUGGUUUUGUUUGUUGGUA